AUGCGAGUGCCGAGUGUGUAUGAUAGGCCUGGUGAUGAUGUGCCCGUCUACAUGCGCGCCGAGUCCCAGGGAUACGAGCCAUACUAUAAUACAACUGGCUCACACGGCGCCGUGUCAAGUGAGCUUGACAUUUGCUCAAACGUAGGUGUCUAUCUCUUAUCGAAGGGAGGCUCCGCAGCUGAUGCCGCAAUCGGAACUGCAAGCUGCAUCGGUGCCGUGGACACCUUUCAUUCAGGCAUUGGAGGUGGCGGGUUCGCCCUGGUUAAGACGCAGGGGAACGACCCAGUUGUAUUAGACUAUCGCGAAAAAGCACCUCGAGCGGCUCAUCGAGACAUGUUUGUGGGCCUGCCGCAGAACGCAUCGCUGUACGGUGGACUGGCCGUCGCUGUGCCAGGCGAAGUGCGUGGCUGGGAACAGCUGCACAAAAUGUACGGCCGCCUACCGUGGUCUGAACUACUGGAGCCAGUCAUCACCAUAACAAGACAUGGAUUCAAGAUACCAACGCAACUGUAUGAUCGUCUCGACACCGCGAAAGACAUUCUGUGCAACACGCGACGGCUUGCACCGGUGUAUUGUCCAGAUGGACGCCUCGUGCAAGCUGGCGAACAUAUCCGACUCGAGGCAUUGAGCCGAACAUACGAACAGAUUGCUCAGUACGGACCAAAUGCAUUCUAUGGGGGCGACAUCGCGAGGCGAACAGUUGCAGCCGUGCGCGAGGCCGGUGGGAUUAUGACGAUGGACGACCUGCGCGACUUUCGUGUGCUGAUUCGUGAGGCGCGCUCCAUCACAUAUCGAGACCAGUAUCGGGUGUGGUCAUCGCCGAUGCCGAGCUCUGGGAGCGUCGUACUCGCGGCGCUUAAGACAAUGGAGCACUUUGCUGAUGAGCCUUAUGCGCCAGAACACGUGCUCCAUACACACCGACUCAUUGAAGCGACCAAGUACGCAUACGGUGAGCGAGGACAACUCGGCGACCCGGCGUUUGUUCGGCAUGUGCCUGCCAUGGAAGAUCGCAUGGUAUCGGAUGCACGUGCGGCAUGGCGACGACGAAAUAUCCGUGACUCGCAUGUGCAACCAAUCGAUGCGUAUGAUCCACAACACCUCUACAUGGCGGAAGAUCGUGGUACAUCCCACUUUAAUGUAAUCGACGCACAAGGCAUGUCGAUUGCCUUGACAACGACGAUCAAUGGCAUAUGGGGCAGCGAUGUCCUCACAGAAGAUGGGAUCUUGUUGAACAACGACAUGGAUGACUUUGCAUCGCCGGAUCGGUCGAACCAGUUUGGUUAUGCACCAGCAGAAGCCAAUUUUAUCGAGCCUGGAAAACGGCCGCUAUCGUCCAUGUCACCGCUCAUCGUGGAGAACUUGCGUACAGGCGACUUGGAGCUGUUGAUGGGCUCGGCAGGUGGCUCGCGCAUCAUUACAGCCAACCUUCAACUUGUGUAUGCAUUUCUUUCCCACCAUGGCCAAAAGCGGAUCGAUCACUUUAUCGCGCGACCGCGGUGGCAUGAUCAGUUGGUACCGCCGAUUACCAUGUUUGAGUAUGCAGUGCCGGCGACGAUGAUACCCAACUUUGUCGGCUAUAACAAUGCCACCAUCGCGGAGCUAGCAGCAAAAGGACACGAGCCUGUGUAUUAUGCACCCGGUUUUUCCAAUGCACAGGCGAUCCAGUGCAUGCAUCGCGACGGCAGAACAGAUGGCCAACCAUGGCUGUUGGCAGCUACCGAGAUUCGACAGCGAGAAGCGCGUGGUGCGGCGAUCUAA